ACACGUUGUUAAAAAAUACUACUUGUCCUGUUUCUUUCUGAGUGAUAGAGCAUUGUUCCCUAUGACUCUGAAUCCCCUGAACCUUGAUCGGAGGUUGUUCCCUCCGACGAACUUCGUGUACGACGCUGAUGAUGUUCCAUUUGGCACGCUCUGGUGGUUCGUUUACGCAGGAAUUUCAUGCUUCCUUGUCCUCUUCGCAGGGAUCAUGUCUGGUCUCACCCUAGGGUUGAUGUCACUCAGCCUCGUUGACCUUGAGAUUCUCCAACGAAGUGGCUCCUCCACUGAGAAGAAACAAGCUGCUGCUAUUUUGCCUGUUGUUAUUAAACAGCACCAGUUGCUUGUUACCUUGCUUCUUUGUAAUGCUUGUGCCAUGGAGGCACUUCCACUUUACCUUGAUAAAAUAUUUCAUCCUGUUGUAGCAGUAUUGCUAUCAGUAACUUUUGUUCUAUGUUUUGGGGAGAUUAUCCCACAAGCUAUAUGCACAAGAUAUGGGCUCUAUGUUGGUGCGAAUUUUGUGGGGCUUGUACGCGUCCUGAUGUUCAUCUGUUAUCCGAUUGCUUACCCUAUUGGAAAGGUUCUGGAUGUUUUACUUGGACACCAGGAUGAUCUGUUUCGGCGAGCACAAUUGAAAGCCCUUGUUUCAAUCCAUGGCCAAGAGGCUGGUAAAGGAGGUGAACUUACACAUGAUGAGACAACAAUUAUCAGUGGAGCACUGGAUCUCACUGAGAAGACUGCAGGGGAAGCCAUGACACCAAUUGAAUCUACUUUUUCCUUGGAUGUUGAUUCCAAAUUAGACUGGGAAGCAAUUGGGAAAAUUCUUGCACGAGGGCAUAGUCGUGUUCCUGUAUACAAUGGAAAUCCCAAAAACAUAAUUGGCCUCUUACUAGUAAAAAACCUUCUCACUAUAAGAGCUGAAACAGAGACUCCAGUUAGUGCUGUUUCCAUCCGGAGAAUUCCUAGGGUUCCAGCAGACAUGCCUUUAUAUGAUAUACUCAAUGAGUUUCAAAAAGGAAGCAGCCAUAUGGCAGCUGUAGUUAAGGUUGCAAGAGAGAGUAAGAACCCUCAGGAAGCUUGUUACAUGGGAAAAUCCAAGAAUGAAAAAUUCACCAAACAUAGUUCUAAGCUAACUGUGCCGUUACUAGCCAGGUCUUCUGAGAAAUCAGACAAUGUUGCAGAUAUUGGCAAGGCUCCUCCCAAUCAUGAUGCAGACAAACAAUGCCAAAAAAAUAGUACCGCAACAAAUGGUGACCACCGCUUUCAUGAUUAUGACGAAGAUGGGGAAGUUAUUGGCAUCAUAACCUUGGAGGACGUUUUUGAAGAACUCUUGCAGGAAGAAAUAGUAGAUGAAACAGAUGAGUAUAUAGAUGUACAUAGAAGAAUACGGGUUGCAGCUGUGGCAGCUGCUUCAUUUGUGGCACGAGUUCCAUUGGUCCAAAAGUUGAAUCACAACUCACAAGCUUGAGGGUAAUAAACCAUAUAGGUGAAAGUUUCACAAGGUUUGUGGAGGAUGAUUCACAUUUGAGGAAAGUUUCAGGAUCUCUAGAUUGAGACUCUAUAGUGGGGAAUAAAAAAUGAGCUUUAAAUCAGACAACUCUUCCCGUAUAUAUAUUGUUUGUGUGGCAACUAGUGUUUUUCGAUGUUAGGAUAGCAUACCGCAGUAUAGAAUAAAUUGUCACACUUUUUCUUUUCUAUAGUUUUUAUGAAAAUAUUGGUCUAGGAUUUUGGAAUUUUUUUUGAUAUUUUUGUUUUCUAAGCAAUUUUGUUUGAAUCAAUUGUACUUCAUGCCUACCAUAGCUAUGUAGCUGAAGUUCAGUUUCUAGUAUACAAGUUCCUGUAUCUCAUAAUGUAUUAAUGUCUACCGUUUUGCUUUUA